AUGGCGGAGUAUGAUCAGAUAUACAACAAGGGCGCUAAAAAGAUCGGCUUCGACGACUUUUCCAUGGUCAAACUUGUCGGCAAAGGGAGCUUUGGCAAGGUUUGUGUCGUCAAGAAGAAAGACACCGGCGAGAUCUUUGCGAUGAAAAUCCUCGACAAGGGAAAGGUGAUGUCAACGAAGCAAGAGAAGCACACCAACGACGAAAAAAAGAUCCUUCAGCACAUCAACCACCCGUUCAUCGUCAAGCUUCACUACGCCUUCCAAUCACCGGAAAAGUUAUAUAUGGUCAUGGACUACAUUCAAGGCGGUGAGCUGUUCCACAAACUCGAAAUCGAAACGUCGCUCAAAGAAGAUACAGCCAAGUUUUACACGGCCGAGUUGGUUCUUGCUCUGUUGCACUUGCACUCUCUUGGUGUUGUCUAUCGUGAUUUGAAACCAGAAAACAUUAUGAUCGACCGGACUGGAAACAUUGUUGUAACCGACUUCGGACUGAGCAAACAACUUGCAGACGACAUGAAAACAUCCACAUUUUGCGGGACACCAGACUAUUUGGCACCCGAGGUUUUGGUCGCAAAGGGUUAUGGCAUUGGUGUUGACUGGUGGAGUCUUGGGUGUGUGUCGUACGAAAUGAUGGUCGGAAACACUCCAUUUUAUACCGACGACGACAACCAAAACCAGACCUAUCAAAACAUCUUGAACAAAGACGUCGAGUUCACACCAGAUAUCUCCUCGGACGGACAAGACUUCAUUUCGCUUUGCCUUAAAAAAAAUCCAGACGAGAGAAUUAAAGACGCUGAUAUCAAGAAGCACCCAUGGUUCGAAGGUAUCGACUGGGAUAAGUUGCUUGCAAAGCAACUUCCUCCACCAUGGAAACCCCAAAUUCAAUCCGCGGACGACACUUCACAUUUCGACGAGGAGUUUGUCUCGCAAAAUCCAAACACAAUGACACCAUCCGACACUUCAGCACUUUCGGGACAGGAGUUCAACGGGUUCACAUUCCAAAAUGAGACUGCGCUUGCAAAAUAA